ACGCCCUCUUGACGCGCGCACUCGGGCUCGUGCUGUGCUCCGUGAAGUUUGGGAUGAAAAAGUUUCAGUCGGCAGAAAAUCAAUGGGAAGGUGACGACCAGACAUGAAGCUGCUGUGAAGAAGAGCUCAACAGGAGUUUGGAGUAAAAAGCUACCGGGUCCCUUCUUCUGUGCUUCUUCUUUCUGUUGGAAAAAAUUCAGCGAGCACAAGAUGAUGUCUGACGCCAGUGAGAUGUUGGCAGCAGCCUUGGAGCAAAUGGAUGGGAUCAUAGCAGGCUCCAAGGCCAUGGAUUACUCCAACGGGUUGUUUGACUGCCAAUCGCCCACUUCACCUUUCUUGGGUGGCCUUCGGGUGCUGCACCUGCUGGAGGAUCUGCGGGGAGCGCUGGAGCUCAUGGACAACGAGGAGAAGGACAACCUGCGAUGUCAGAUCCCCGAUUCCACCGCCGAGGGGCUGGCAGAGUGGCUGCACGGACGAUUGACGAACGGCCACGGCUCCGAAGCGGUCUACCAAGAACGCCUGUCACGACUCGAGAGUGACAAAGAGUGUCUUAUUCUUCAGGUAAGUGUUCUAACCGAUCAGGUGGAAGUUCAAGGUGAAAAGAUCCGGGACCUAGACACCUGCCUAGAGCAUCACCGGGAGAAACUGAACGCUACCGAGGAGCUGCUGCAACAGGAGCUGUUGAACCGAUCGACGCUGGAGACCCAGAAGCUGGAGCUGAUGACCGAGGUGUCCAGUCUGAAGCUGAAGCUGACGGCGGUGGAGAGAGAUCACAGGGACAAUGAGGGCUUGUACCAGGAAGUAACGGACCUGCGGUUCAGGGUGACUGACAUUGAGAAUGAAAGACUGCAGUGUGAGAAGAAACUCCGAGCGACCAAUGAGGAGCUGCAGCUUCUGCAGAGGCAGCUGGAGGAGCGAGAGGCGGAGCUGCAGAGGCUGAAGGACGAUAACAGACUUCAGGUGGAGAGCCACAACCGGGCCGAGGGAGGAGAGAGAGAUACAGAAGUGUUGAAGAUGAAGAGGGUGUUGGAGUCACUGGCGUCCUCCAACGAUGAGAAGGUACAGUGUGAUGAACGAAGGAUAAGAGAGCUGGAGGAGUCGCUUAUAAAGUGCAAGAAAGUGCAAGAGCUGGUCAAAGAGAAGUUAAUAGAAGAUGACUACGACGAUAUCCCAGAUGAUCCCUCGGUUCCUGUUGUAUCCAUGGAGGUGGAUCAGGUCACCCUGUCGUUGGUGGGGGAGGCAGGAAGGAGCUCUGGCGAGUCCACACCAUGUAUAGCAGUGCUCUCUGAAAUGAACGAGCUGGACAGAGAGCGACGGUUACAGGCAGCCGCAAGUUCCUCAGACGUCACACACCCGGGCAGCACUGACCAGGCCAAAAAUAAAGCCGGUUCUCCGCUUCAUACCAAAGCAAACACCGCAAGCGUCGAGAGUUUCGGCACCAAGAAGGCCCGUUCGUCUUUCGGCCGUGGCUUCUUCAAGCUGCGCGGAGGCAAGCAGGCAGCCAGCGCUCCAAACCUCGCUGAGACGGAGCGUAAGGGCACGGAGCACCUGGAUUUGGCCGGCGUCCCUCCACGGAAACCCCACGACGGAGCUCCUCUGCCGUCCUCGCCUGAAACCAAAAAGAAGUCCAAAGGCUUCAGGAAAUUCUUCGGCAGACUAAAGAGGAGUCACUCUACCUCCUUCAACCUCGAUGAUGCUGCAGAGAUGGAGUUCAGGAGGGGCGGAGUCAGAGCCACAGCCGGCCCUCGACUCGGCUGGUCACGUGACUCUAAACACACUGCUGUCGACGUUCCCUUCUCACGCUGGAGUAAAGAUGAAGUCUGCGGGUGGCUGCAUGAGCAGGGACUCGGGUUAUAUGUUGCUCAGUGUCAGAGCUGGAUCAAGUCAGGACAAACACUGCUGCAGGCGUCACAGCACGAUCUGGAGAAGGAGUUGUGCAUGAAGCAGCCUCUGCACAGGAAGAAGCUGCAGCUCGCUCUGCAGGCACUCGGGUCGGAGGACGAUGACCUCAAAGGCAAACUGGACCACAACUGGGUGACGAGGUGGCUGGACGACAUCGGCCUCCCGCAGUACAAAAGUCACUUUGACGAGGCUCGUGUUGACGGACGCGUGCUGCACUACAUGACCGUGGACGACUUGCUGUCUCUGAAGGUGGGCAGCGUUCUCCAUCAUCUCAGCAUCAAGAGGGCCAUCCAGGUCCUCCGCCUCAACUCCUACGAGCCCAGCUGUCUCAGGAGACGACCCUCCGACGAGAACAACAUCACACCAGCAGAGAUCUCCCAGUGGACCAACCACAGAGUGAUGGAGUGGCUUCGCUCGGUGGAUUUGGCAGAGUAUGCUCCGAAUCUGAGAGGCAGCGGCGUUCACGGAGGGCUGAUGGUGUUGGAGCCUCGCUUCAACGUGGAAGCGCUCGCCCUUCUGCUGAACAUCCCUCCCAACAAAACCCUGCUGAGACGCCACCUGGCAACACAUUUCCACCUGCUCAUUGGCUCAGAGGCGCAGCGGCUAAAACAGGACUGUCUGGAAAACCCAGACUACACCGUCCUCACCGCCACUGCCAAGGUCAAGCCGAGACGCCUGUCGUUUGGCGGUUUUGGCACUUUGAGGAAGAAACGUCAGGAUGACGGCGAGGAGUACGUCUGCCCGAUGAACGUGGAAAUGCCCAAGAGCAGCAGCUUCCAGAGGGGCGUCCGGAUCUACGAGGAGAACCUCGACCACCUGGAGCAGAUGGAAGACUCCGAAGGGACCGUCCGAGAGAUCGGAGCGUUUUCUGAGGGGAUCAACAACCUGACGAGCAUGCUGAAGGACGAUGAGUUUUUCCACGAGAUCUCCGCCUGCCCUCCGGAGGUCGACGCGGCAGAAAACGACAACUCUGGCUUUUGAGUCGCUGCGAUUCGUGAAAAAAAACAAACCCCAACAAACUGUGCCAACACGUAUCCCUCCACCUCCCACCAGUCAAACCUGAGAGCUUUUAGUCUUCAGAAGUGCAGCCAUAACCCUUUUCACGACCAUAUAUAUUUAUUGAAGCUGUAGUGCAUGAACUGAAAAUGCAAUGUACCUCCUUACUGCAUUUAUUUUAUUAGUCAAACGUUUGUUUUGUGUUCAGUAUUCCGUGAGGUGAGUGUACAUGUUACGUGUUUUUGUUACUUUGAGGAGUCGUUUGAUUUGUGGUACGUGACGUCGCUUUGUCAUCUUCUUAAGAUCAGCUCGCCAAACAUUUUCUCGUUUACGCCUCGUCAAGGUUUUGAGUUCUUUGAGACUUUCUAUUAUUAAAGUAAAGUAUCGAGGAUGAUUCACUGAACACGAAGUACUGGUGAGAAUCUGGACGGAUAAAACCAGAACUGUCUGUGCAGUAAGAAACCACCAGCAGAAGUGAGAAUUAGAGUUCCUUUCCUUUUUAAAUAUGAAGCUACAGCCAGGAGGUGAUAAGCUUAGCAUAAAGACUAGAAGCAAAGGGAAACUGCUUCGCUCUAAAGCUCACUAAUAAACUUUCACACCAGAUAGUUGCAGCUCCCCCUAAAACCACAAAAUGUUUCUAUGUUCGUCUUUCAAACAAGUUCAUCAGUGAGCUUUAGAUGCGUCUCCUCUUUGUGCUAACGUAAUAAACUUCUGGCUCUAACUCUGUACUCUGAUCAUUUAAGUGUUUUCCUCCGAUUUCCUUCAAGAAGCAGCAUGACUGAAAGUAAACGUGGAAACCAAAAAUCAUUGUUUUGAAAUGUUUUGUAAUAAAAACAGAAAAUGC